AGCCGUUCAAAACCCUCAAAAAAUAGAAAAAAAUGGCGACCCUCCGCGCGCCGCCGCCACCCGCCGGCGCCGCCGCGGCGGAUGGCGGCAUCGAGGAGAACGCGAUGGCCAUCCUCGACACCGCCGGCAUCAAGGACGCCCGCGACCUCCACGACGACCGUGCCGCCUUCCUGGAGACCGUGCGCUCCGCGUGCCUUGCCGCCGACAACCCCUCGCCCCCCUCGUGGAGAAUGUAUAAUGCUGUUUUCCAGAUUCUUCAAAACAGCAGCUCGCUGGAGCUUAUCAUUGCAAGUUUCCACCUCUUAGUGGAGUUGGGGGAGAAAUACCCUAGAGCGUAUUGGACAGAUUCUGUUUCUGGCAAAGCCUUCGUUGUAGUUAAAGAGUUGUGGUCACCAUUUCACCUUUGCAGUGAUGUUGCUUCUGGUGAGUUUGGGGGAAACACCAGGCAUUUAGACCACCUCUUUGAUUCUUCGAGAUUCUCAUCAUUGAUCGAGGAUAUGGUUGAAACAGCUAAUGACACAGAUGCUAAUAAUGGAAUUGAGCAUAUAAAGAAUAUGGUGCUACUACAAUAUCUCGUCAGCACACUUGAGGCUGAUUUUAUACCUCGUCGUGAUGCAUAUAAAGAAUCAUUAGACUGGGUAAUUUUCAGGGAAUCUCUUCUACAGAUGCUUCUGGUGUCACGGAAGCUGGCAUUCAAAUCUUUCGUAAAGAACUGCAUAUCUCUCCUGCUCAGCCAAUAUUAUCAAGAAGUUGAAGAUGGUGUAUCUUCUAAAGAAUGUUCUGCUAAAUCAGCAUCUGAUCUAGAUUCUUCCAUAGCUGUGAUAUCCUCUGAAUUCAAAAGAAAAGCUUUGGCAUCAGUUCAGAAACUUUUCAUUAUGGUUAUGAACCUUGAUUUGAUUAGAAAAGAAGCAGACACAAUGGGUCUGACUACAAGAGCUGAUGGGUGCAGGAAUCCUAUCUUGGAUGUUAUUUUAGAUGAGCUAACUUACAAUAUAAGCUACUUGUCACCAUUUCUUCUGACCUUCAUGGAAUGGAAGUGGAAAUUGGAGAUUAUACUACAGUACUUUUCAAAAUAUUGUGGCAAGCCUGCAGUUCGUACCCGGAGGUCAGAUAAUUCACAACAUGAUUUGACUUUGGAAAAUGUACUGAGUUUAUUUUCAACAGCUGCAACUGCAAAGGGUAUUGUUAAAAAGAUGAGUUCAGAAGUUGUCCAGCUUCUCUUAGCAAAUGCAUAUCAGGUUUGCCUGUCUGUUGAAGGUGAUUGUAGCAAAGACAGUGAUACAAGAAAGAGGAUUGGAGCAACUCUCCUUCAGAUAUCUGACAGUUUUGUGUCUGCUUUUCAGAAUCUCAGAAAAAUCAACCCGAAUAUCGAGAUCUUGCCGUUUGAGAAAGAAGCUCUCUUUACUGCUGCUACAAUGAUUAGAAUACUAAAGAAUGGGCAAAGAUAGGGGAGUAGACUUGGAAGUGCACAUUUCGUCUGAUGAUCUGCUCUGACAACUUCUGUUAGUCUUCAAGAUAGUACCAUCGUCUUUUGACAUCUGCCAUCAAAUCUAUCGUGUGUUUUUGUCAUGUUACCUCUGUUCAUAUUAGUUUAGAGGAUGUAACAUACAUGAUGGGUUUUUCUAAAUGACUAAAUGAGGCUAGUGUGGCUAUCAAUUGCCUGGAAUUUCCUGAUUGGUUCACUGCCUCAGUCUUGCCAAGCUGUGGCGUGCUACAGUUUUUCAAUUCCUAGGCCCACGUGUUAUAUACUCCACUUUUAGGCAAAUCUUUGGUUAUGUUUGGCAAGGACGUUUGGCAAUAUUGGGAGUGAA